UAAAAAUUAUAUUGCAAAAGCAUAUUAUUACUAUCGACUAAUUUUUUUUUUUAGAUGUAUUGAAACAUUAAACAAUGAACUAAUGUAUUCAUUAUUUUAUUAUACCUAGCUUAAUUAUCAGCAAUUAGCCCUAAUGUGAUCUAACAUAACAAUUGUGCAAAUAUAAGAGUUAUGUAAAUAGAGUGCAGUUGUGUUUAAAGACAUUUUAGUUAAAAUAGAAUUAAAAAACCAACAGUCUUUGAAGUGACAUGUAAAUAUUACAUUAAAGUAGUGGGUAUGAAGUAAGCCAGAAGAUGUCGGGUGACUCAGGUUGGAAUGCUGUUAUCCAUCAUCCAUCGGAGCUGGAGUUACAAAAUUGGGAUUGGGAUAGUAAUGAUGGUGAACCAGAGCGUGAACUUCCAUCCACAGUUGACAUGGAUGCAAUUAAGGAUGGUGGCAGUUGGAACCCAGUCACUGGUGUAACGACUUUGCACUCAGAAUGUGAGUCUGAUUCAGAUGAUGAAACUUCUGGUGGAAGCGAUGGUAGUGGUUCCUGUUCAGAAUCCAAUUCUGAUUCAGACAUUGAUAGCACUGAUGGUGACAGUGACUCAAAUACUGAUUGUACAUCCAAUCACAGUGAGCAGACAUUUUCUAUUCGAGAAACAAAUUUUGAACAGGGGGGACUGAAGCUAAAAAUCAGUAUGAAAAUACCCCAAAAAGAAAAUUUUGAGAAAUUCAAGUGUGACAGAGCUAAACGGCUUAUACCAAGAAGAAUAAAAAAUCGCGUUGCUAAGACAUCAGAAUGCAGUGGUAACGAUUCUGAUUCUUCAAAUAGUCAAUCUGUUCCACAAUAUUCUCCAGUUCAGCAGCACAUAAUGCGUCAACAACAACUUCAGCAACAGGCACAAUUAAAGCAACAGUUUCUGCUACAACAGCAAAUAAAUCCACACAAUCAGUCAUCACAAAAGACUGAUUUCUUACCACCUGAGUCGAUACGUCAACUGCCUCCAUCAGCUCAGCAACCCCAUCCAUCAAAGAUGCAGCAGUUACAGGUGAUGCUCCAAGUUGAUCCAUCACUGCAAGAGCUAAACCAGCAAGAUUUGGCUACCGCUUUGCCAGACGGUGCGGCUUUUGACGGAUUUGAGGAUUCUGAAAAUGGAAGACUCGUUUCAAAAGCAAUUGAGCGCAUGUCCCUCGGUGCGGAUUCAGACGAUAGUCUAGAAAAUCGUCGACCUGUGACGGUCUACAGCUCGUCGCUGCUUCAACAAUUCCUUGAGAAAACAGCCUUACUCUCAGAGCCAAUGCGCAAGCGUCGUAUCGGUAAACAACAUCCUUACCUACAGUUUGACAGCAAACAACAGCAUUCUUAUAGGAUCCCGGAGUAUAUUGGUGCUUUGAAUAUUUCACCUGAUUGUGGUAUUCAGUCGGUAGGCAACAGCCCGCUUCAUCUCGUUAGUCCACAUAGCCCGUUAACAACUCAACCGAAUACCGCUUUUGUUUCACCCAUACAGUCUGUCACCAGCAUGUUAGUGAGCAUGAAAACUAUGGGUAGCGUAGUAGCGAAUAAUGCAACGAGUACAACAUCUAUAUCGUCGUUGACGACACACCGGGCGGAUUCUAGCGUGGUGGCAGCGACAUUGGUAGCUAAAUCAAAGUCAAUCGCUAGUACAGAUCAGCUGCCAAACCCGCCUAAGCGCAAGCCUGGACGGCCUGCUAAGAUUGUAGUAGCCCAAACAACACAGCCUCGUGGCCCUGGCAGACCGAAGUUGUAUCGUUCUGGUACACCGUCAGUGCCCAAAAAAGAAACUAAUAAAGAAGUACCUUGUCUCAAAAAAGCUAAAGUUGUCGUAUCACAGUGUAUCAGAUUACCUAAGCAACAACAACAGGUAGUAGAUAGUCCAGACAAAAAAGUGAAACUUCGAAAAGCUAAUCUUCAGAGGUCAAUCGAUGUUGAUCGAUUUGAACCGGUGAUCUUCUGCACUCUAGCCGAAUACCCUGCCACUCUGCUACGAGCGACCCCAACGAUAAAAAACUUUUUUCUCAUUGUUAUAGUGUGGAUUUUGUUCAUAAAAAAUAUCGUGACAGAAUUGGUCUUCGAGGUGACUGAUGCCCAGGGUGAACGGCUGGAAGUUGGGCCAGAAUAUGGCGGAACCAAUCAGCAUGGAGCUGACGGUUGGACCACUCUCUUCUACUCUCGCUAUGUGAUGGCUGAUGCAAGUGCCACUGCCAGAGAUGAUGGUGCGAUCAGUUUUUAUGGAGCGUAUGAUAGAGAAGUCUAUCCUCCAGAAGGAAUCGAUGGUUACAAAAACAUUCAUUUAGGUUUCUCUGUCAAAACGGCCAUUAAAAAUGCUUUACAAGAAAGAAAAAUUCCUGAUUCACAGAUUCAGGAGCGAUCUUCCUUAAACUACAAAAUUGUGAGAGGCGUUUCCUGCUUGGAUCCGCUUGUAGUUACCGAAACUCCUAAUCUUGCAACGAGACAGAUCGAGGUGGCGCUGGAAGUACUUACAUCCAAGAGUCUACUGACAGGUUCCAAAGCAGAUAGUAUUAGGAACUCUUAUGUUGCUUUGGUAAAGCAGCAACCGAGGAUUGAAAGACUUAAAUCGUUUGACUACAAUAAGUCACGGCUUGAUUCAUUGUGGAUGGAUCUUGUUACAUCAGCAUCUUCCGUCGUGACUUCUCAAAGUGACUUGAGAGACUUUCUCAAGAUAUCUUUGGUGUUGUUUCACCGUAAUGCGUCAUUAGAACGUGGUUUUUCUUUAAACGCUGAUUGCAUUGUUGUCAACCAACAUGAGGAGUCAAUUAUCGGCAUUCGUGCUAUUGUAGCCACUGGUGGUAUUCUUAACGUGGAUGUGGCUAAAGAAAUGAUCCAGGCCAUGAGAAACCCGCACGGUAAGUGCAAAGAAGCCAGAGUUAAGUGCACUGUGGAGGAAAAAGUUAAGUCAGCUUCUCUCACGGCCAAACAGAAGCGGAAGUCUGAAGUUCGCGAGCUAGAAGAGAUGAAAAGAAGACUUCUUCAUAGUGCGCAGUUAGCCACCACUGAUUUAAAAUCCAAAAUUGAGUCAUUAAAGAAAUGA